AUGGUACAUGAUGAGGUGUUAGUGGGCAUCCGUGAUGAGUGGGGUUCCACAGGGGUCAGUCCUAAGACCAGUGCCAUUUUUAGUAGUAUAUCUGUUUGUGAGGAGAGCGGUCCAGUGAUUGUAGAGGAACCCGACAACCGUGUGGACUUCAGUAACUCGACAGGUGCCAACAUCCAUUGCUCCGUACGUGGCCAUCCCAAACCCACCGUUGUCUGGGUCAAGGCUGAUGAUGGAACAGCCAUUGGUGAUGUUCCUGGCCUGAGGAAGGUCCUCUCCAACGGCACGCUGAUGUUCCCUCCCUUCCGCGCAGAAGACUACAGACAGGAGGUUCAUGCCCAAGUGUACCGCUGUCAGGCCACAAACCCCCAUGGCACUGUUCACUCCCGAGAUGUUCAUGUUAGAGCAGUGGUGCAUCAGGAGUAUCAGACGGACGUGGUGCCUGAGUACGUGAUCCUGGGCAACUCUGCCAUCCUGAAGUGUAACAUCCCAUCCUUUGUGGCGGACUUCGUCAGCGUUCAGGCCUGGCUCACCGAUAAAGGCCAGAUUUAUUACCCUUCAGACAAUUAUGUGGUCCCUCAGGCGUAUCUCAUAGAUGUAAGCCUGGAGAACGUGAUUCGGGGUAACUCAGCUAUCCUCAAGUGCAACAUCCCGUCCUUCGUAGCAGACUUCGUCAGUGUGCAGGCCUGGGUCACCGACAAGGGCGAUGCUUACUACCCAACCCAAAAUUACGACGGCAAGUACUUGGUCCUUCCCUCCGGAGAACUACAUAUUCGUUCUGUGAGCUCCGAGGACGGCUUCAAAAGCUACAAAUGUCGCACUGUUCACCGCCUCACUCAGGAGACCCGCCUCUCUGCUACUGCUGGACGACUUGUCAUCUCUGAGCCGGUGGGCAUCUCUGGGCCCAAGCUGCCCUCCAGUGACAAACUUCACUCAGAGAUGAAGGCUCGUGCCACCAACCUGUCCCUGACCUGCCCAGCCCAGGCUCACCCACCGCCACAGUUCAGGUAGGUGCAAUAAUCGCACUGUUUCAAGAAGCUGUACUAGUGACAUGACUCACCGG